AGCCAAAGAGAUAAAAAAGAUAGACAGAAAAGAUAAGAGAGACUCUGUGUAAUCCUCAAAGACAAACAAGAUUAUGUUACCCUCAAGAAAAACAAAGAGAGUUCUCUCCGGUGACUUUACUCCGGGAAGAAAACGCCGGCGAUGUGUUGUUCCUUCUUCUGUUUCUCCGGCGCCGGAACACACAACCGGAGCCGAUUUGCUAGAUUCAAUUCCCGACGAUCUUGUUGUUUCUAUACUUUGUAAACUUGGUUCUACUUCUCGAUGUCCUGCUGAUUUCAUCAACGUUUUGAUGACAUGUAAGAGAUUAAAAGGAUUAGCUAUGAAUCCUCUUGUCUUGUCCAGAUUAUCUCCUAAAGCUAUCGCUGUUAAAGCUCACAAUUGGUCGGAAUAUUCUCACCGGUUUUUAAAACGGUGUGUCGACGCCGGAAGUCUUGAAGCUUGUUACACUCUAGGAAUGAUUCGGUUUUAUUGUUUACAAAACAGAGGAAACGGCGCGUCGUUAAUGGCUAAAGCCGCGAUUAGUUCUCACGCGCCGGCGUUGUAUUCUCUAGCCGUGAUUCAGUUCAACGGAAGCGGUGGUUCAAAGAACGAUAAAGAUCUUCGAGCCGGUGUUGCUUUAUGUGCGCGUGCGGCUUUUCUUGGUCACGUAGACGCGCUUCGUGAGCUUGGUCACUGUCUUCAAGAUGGUUAUGGAGUUCCUCAAAACGUCUCUGAAGGUCGGAGGUUUCUUGUUCAAGCCAACGCUCGUGAACUCGCCGCCGUUUUAUCUUCCGGUAUCCAAGCUAGGUCAACGUGGCUUUCUUUAUCACAGACACCUCCGGUUCCUAACCAUGGUCAGUCUUGUCCUUUACUUAGCGAUUUUGGAUGUAAUGUACCGGCACCGGAAACACAUCCGGCGAAUAGGUUUUUAGCAGAUUGGUUCGCCGUACGCGGCGGAGAUUGUCCCGGAGAUGGGUUGAGAUUAUGUUCACACGCUGGAUGUGGACGACCGGAGACGAGGAAGCAUGAGUUUAGGAGGUGUUCGGUUUGUGGCGUUGUGAAUUAUUGUUCACGCGCUUGUCAAGCUUUAGAUUGGAAACUCCGGCAUAAAAUGGAUUGUGCUCCGGUGGAACGGUGGCUAGAGGAAGGUGACGGUGGAGAAGGUAACGUUCAGAUUGACGGAAAUGGUAACGGUGAGAAUGUUUUGCUUCAAAUGAGUUAACGGCAAUGUAACGGCUGCUUUGAAUAGUAAAAAAUCAACGAGAGAUGAGGUAAACGGAAGCUAGUUUCGUUCUUUUCUUUCUAUUAGUGGAAAAGAUUUGGAUAAAAAUAUUACUAUCGAGUAUCGAGUAGAGUAAUUUUUGUAAUUCCAAUCUAUUGUAAAGAAGAGUUAUAAAAUGAACGGCUUUUAUUUUUCAUGUUAAAA